AUGCCGUCCAACACAGCCACUAGGAAUCCAUGGCAGAGACGGCUCCGUCGCUUCAUGUUCGUCGUCGGCGUCAGCUCCACCGUCUAUCUGGUCGGUUCCUAUCUGAUCGACCGUAUGCGGGCCGCCCGUUUGCGAGCUCUCAAGGAGAAGAAAGAGCGAGAUCUAAUCAAAGGUCAUUUCACCACACUUCUUUCUAACAUUUCAUUCACCAUAUACUCGUUAUUGCCGACACUCCAACCUCAGCUGUUCGACGCUUAUCCUGUCGAAUCGACAUCUCAAGCUCUUCAGUCGCUCUCUCAAAAUGGAGACCUGCAAACCCCAAGUACGAGUCCGGCCGACUCCAUGUUAUUGCAACAUCCUCCCAGCAGCGAGACAGGAGGGACUCCUUCUCAUCCUGGCGAUAGCUGGGCUUCAGAGUUUCAACAACGUGAAGGACAAGAGCCUAUUUCACCUAGUAUAAGUUCAAUUCCUACCGUUUCUGAAUCACAUGGUCCCGGUGAGACUGAUGAUGAGAUGUCAUCAGUCUUAUCUCAGAGCAUAUCGAUACCUCCAACAGAUAUGUCCAUGUCGUCAAGUUCUACAUCCCCCAGUUCAGACCUCUCUCGUUCUGCGCAACUCAACGUAUCGCCUCCACGACUCAAUGUACCCGCACCAGCCACAGAGGGCAGGAGUAAGAAGGAACUAUGGCGAGAUCUUAAAAUUCAAAGUAUCACACGAGCCGUAUCUACCGUAUAUCUUCUUCCCCUCAUAUAUAUCUUGACAACAUCCCAACUGUCCAUCCUUGCUCGUAGACGUUACCUGACGGAAGUCAAAUCGAAACUUCCCUCAAUUGACGAAGGAUCAUCAACUCCUUCUUCCGAAGAUCCUUUAGCAACCCCAAGACCUCGGAAUGAAGACAAGACCUCCGUCAAGUCCCAACAAGGGUGGAUUAGCUAUUUAGCUUCCAACACGGGUGUCACUACCGUACUGACCAGUCGACCUGUCAUGUCUGUGGCUUCGUCCCUUCCUGUGGUGGGACAGUGGUUUGCUUUUUCGAACCGUACGGAGAGUGUUUUCGACGUCAAUGCGGAAGAAGAGCGUUUACAAGCUGAAGUGGAAGCAGGAGAGGCGGAAAGAGUAUUUUUGACAUACUCUUGGUGGUUGUUGCACGAAGGAUGGAAGAGUUUAGCUUCACGGGUGGAAGAAGCAGUCACGGAUGUGAUGGGAGGAGUCGGACUGAAGCGACAAUUGACAGUGGAAGAAUGGGAGAGUUUACUGAACGAGAUUCGCGCCAGUGUGGAGACGGACACAAGUGAUUCAUCUCCUGCUUUAUAUUCGUUCGAACAACACAUCUUGCCUCCUACACCUUUACCAGAGACAUCCUCCCAAUGCCCACUGCCACCUCGACCCACAACUCCCCUUUUGCUAUCACUUCUAGAGGAGACGAAACAACAUAUCGCUUCACCUGACGGACGUUACUUGCUCGAUAAAGGAGCGACCAUGAUGAUGCGGAAAUUAGUUGAUGAAUUGAGACAAGAAUGUUACGAUGAAAACGGAGAAUUCACCGGAAGCAGGUUAGCAGACUGCCUAUUGGUCUUCAACGCUUGGAGCAAGAAUGUCUGGGAGGGUGUACCUGAUAGAGGUGUAGAGGCCCUCCUUGCAGUGAAGGAAUACGAAGGUUUUGCGGCUUUGAUAUUUGGUGAUUGGGCAGAUAAUAUGUAA